UCUUCUGUUCCAAUUCAUUCUGAAACAUUCUUCGCAAAUUCGUAUCGGUUUAAGUUAAAAAACAAUGGGAGGUGGUAAAGACAAGCAUCAUGAUGAGCAAGACAAAGGAUUUCAUGGUUUUCCAGGAGGAGGACAUCAUUACCCACCUGCUCAAGGAGGGUAUCCUCCACAAGGUUACCCACCACAAGGGUAUCCUCCAGCUGGAGGCUACCCACCUGCCGGAUAUCCUCCUGGUGCAUACCCUCCUGCGCCUGGAGGUUAUCCUCCUGCUGGCUAUCCUGCACCUGGAGCUCACCAUACAGGACAUUCUAGUGGUGGAAUCGGAGGCAUGAUAGCAGGUGCAGCCGCAGCCUAUGGAGCUCACCAUGUUGGUCAUGCCUCUCACAACCCUUACGGGCAUGCUGUAGGACAUGGAGGGUAUGGCCAUGGCCCUGCUCAUGGCUUUGGUGGUCAUGGUCAUGGUAAGUUCAAGCAUGGAAAGCAUGGAGGCAAAUUCAAGCACGGAAAGCAUGGAAAGCAUGGCAAGCACGGGAAACAUGGUAUGUUUGGAGGAGGAGGCAAAUUCAAGAAGUGGAAGUAAUCUCAAAAACCCCCCUUUGAUCCUCUCCUCCAGUAUAGUCUCAUUACCUGACCGAUGUUUCUAAUAAUCUCCCUUCAAAACAUAUUACAUUUUAACUAUGUCGGUUUUGAGAUUGCUGGUUCGAGAGAGUGCUAGUAUAAAUCUUAUGGUCUCUG